GCAGGAGCUGGGACAGGAGCAGGGACAGGAGCAGGAGCUGGGACAGGAGCAGGGACAGGGACAGGAGCAGGAGCUGGGACAGGAGCAGGGACAGGAGCAGGAGCUGGGACAGGAGCAGGGACAGCAGGGACAGGAGCAGGAGCUGGGACAGGAGCAGGGACAGGAGCAGGAGAAAACAUGAUUGACACAAAGCAAAUUUUCUCCUGA